CACAGAUUAACAAUUGUAUUUAUUCAAAUAACCAUGGCCUUUGGAAAAUUAGCACACUAUUCUUUUGAUUUGGUACUCAUUUCAAUUAUCCUUGCGGGGAUCCACAGAAACACAGGGCUUGUAUUUGACACCUCCCACUUUCUGUCUGUAGACUUUAGACGUUGGUUUGGGAACUAUCUUGCAUUUGGUGAGAAGAUGUAUGACCAGACAGUGUCGUUGUUGAAGUUGACAGGCUACUUCAAACAACGUAAUUUGGUGUUGGACUACGUUUCAAAUCAAGCAGGCAAGUAUUUGAAAGAACAAACAGGAAGGGAUUUGAAUGAGUUCCCUAAGAAAGACUUGUAGUUCUAUUCUGAAAACAGGC